GGCGGCGCAGUAUUACAGCAAUGGUUGCCCCUUUUGUUCCGCCGAGUUCCUGAAUUAUUCCCCGCACAAUGAAAUGAUCGGGAUAUUAUACUGUCUCAUUAAAACAUCCCGCUACUCCCGCUGCUCCCGCGGCCUCGUCUGGGAUUAUCCAAUGAAUUAAAAAUCGAUCUUCAACCCGGUCCGAGCUGCUGCGAGGUUUCCGAAGCACGCAGUCCCGAGGAACGUGGAGUAAUGUAACUUUGAACACCGCCUGUCCCAGCAGUGGCUGUCGGCACAAUGGGACUGGACUUUGAUGUGAAGACGUUCUGCCACAAUCUGCGGGCCACCAAGCCUCCGUACGAGUGCCCUGUGGAGUCUUGUCGGAAGGUCUACAAAAGCUACAGCGGCAUCGAGUAUCACCUCUACCACUAUGACCACGACAACCCGACUCCCGCGCAGGCGAUGCCCCAGAAGAAACGGAAAGGCCGGCCUCCUCGUGCUUCCCUGGCUGGUUCAGGGGACACGGACGACGGCGGAGGGAACGGAGGAGGCUGCGGCGGGGGAGGAGGUAUCGGCGGCGGAGGAUCCGGUCACGGAGGGAACACGCCCGGCAGCCCCAACCGGUCCGAGCGCUCCCACUCUCCGGGGAGGGAGACCAUGACGUACGCCCAGGCGCAGCGCAUGGUGGAGCUGGAGAUUCAGGGCCGCAUCCACCGCAUCAGCAUCUUCGAGAACAUCGACGUGGUGUCGGAAGAGGACAGCGAUGCGGAGGACGCUCUGUCGUCCGGGGCCGGCGGUGGCGGCGGAGGGGUUUGCAACGGCAGCGACGGCGGGGCCGGGGGCAAUGAGGUCGUGGGCAGCGGCAAGGACCGCUCGGACAUCCCCUCCUCUAAUGGGGGCAAAUCCACACCGAAGUCCGGGAAGCAUAAGAGCAAAGAGAAGAAGAAGGACAGCUCGUCUCAUCACCACAGCGCCCAGUCCGGUCCUGCAGUCAAGCUUCCCGAGGCGGUUUUCAGAGAACUGGACCAAGACAGACCCGACGCCCCCCCUCGGCCGUCAUCCUACUACAGGUACAUUGAUAAGUCUGUGGAGGAGCUGGACGAGGAGGUGGAGUACGACAUUGACGAGGAGGACUACAUCUGGCUCGACAUCAUGAACGACAAGCGGCGGCGGGACGGCGUGACCCCCAUCCCCCAGGAGGUCUUCGAGUACCUGAUGGACCGUCUGGAGAAGGAGUCCUACUUUGAGAGCCACAACAAGGCCGACCCCAGUACCUUAAUCGAUGAGGACGCCGUCUGCUGCAUUUGUAACGACGGCGAGUGUCAGAACAGCAAUGUGAUCCUGUUCUGCGACAUGUGCAACCUGGCGGUGCAUCAGGAGUGCUACGGCGUUCCCUACAUCCCGGAGGGCCAGUGGCUGUGCCGCCGCUGCCUGCAGUCGCCCAGUCGAGCCGUGGACUGCGCCCUCUGCCCCAACAAGGGCGGCGCUUUCAAACAGACGGACGACGCGCGCUGGGCACACGUGGUCUGUGCUCUGUGGAUCCCAGAGGUCUGCUUCGCCAACACGGUCUUUCUGGAGCCGAUCGACAGCAUCGAGCACAUCCCUCCGGCGCGCUGGAAGCUCACCUGCUACAUCUGCAAGCAGCGCGGCUCGGGCGCCUGCAUCCAGUGCCACAAAGCCAACUGCUACACGGCGUUCCACGUCACCUGCGCCCAGCAGGCGGGCCUCUACAUGAAGAUGGAGCCGGUCCGGGAGACCGGCGCCAACGGCACCUCCUUCAGCGUCCGCAAGACGGCGUACUGCGACAUCCACACGCCGCCCGGCUCGGCCAGGCCGCUGGCCGGGGUGGGCGGGGCCAGCAUGGGCUCGUCUCACAGCGACGGGGAGCUGGACGAGGACGACGAGCCCAGCAUCGGCCACGACGAGGACUCCAAGGGCUGGAGCUCGGACCGAGCCAAGAGGGCGAAGGCCAAGUCCAGGCUGAAGAUGAAGCGCGCACGGAAGAUUUUAGCUGAGAGGAGAGCCGCUGCGCCGGUGGUGUCUGUGCCGUGUAUCCCUCCACACAGGCUCAGCAAAAUCACCAGUAACCUGACGGUACCCAGGAAAAGCCAGUUCAUGCAGCGGCUCCACAGCUACUGGACCCUGAAGAGGCAGAGUCGCAACGGCGUGCCGCUGCUCCGCCGGCUCCAGACUCACCUGCAGUCGCAGCGCCACAUCGAGCCGCUGCCCCCGCAGCCCGCCGCGCAGCUCCCUGUGAGGGACACCGAGGAGAAGCAGUCGGCCCUGAAGGAGCAGCUGAAGGCCUGGCAGCGGCUACGGCACGACCUGGAGAGAGCGAGGCUGCUGGUGGAGCUGAUCCGCAAGAGGGAGAAGCUCAAGAGGGAGACGAUCAAAGUGCAGCAGAUGGCGCUGGAGAUGCAGCUGACGCCCUUUCUUGUGCUGCUAAGAAGUACGCUGGAGCAGCUGCAGGAAAGAGACACUAACAACUUCUUCACUGAGCCUGUUCCGCUGGCUGAGGUGCCAGACUACCUGGAACAUAUUGACACUCCAAUGGACUUUCAGACCAUGUGGAACCUGCUGGAGUCUCACCGCUACCUCACGUUCGAGGCCUUCGAGGCCGACUUCGGCCUCAUCGUCAACAACUGCCUCAAGUACAACGCCAAGGACACGGUCUUCUACCGCGCCGCCCUGCGGCUCCGGGAGAUGGGCGGGGCCGUCCUCAGGACGGCCAGGCGCCAGGCCGAGCGGAUCGGCUUCGACUACGAGGCCGGCAUGCACCUCCCGCGAGAGCAGAGCCCGGACAUCCAGCGAGAGCAGGAGAGAGACCGAGAGAGGGACCGGGAGCGAGAACGCGAGCGGGAGAGGGUGAGGGAGCGAGAACGAGAGCGAGAGCGCCCCCUGUCUUCUAACGAAGACGAGCUCCUCCUGCCGGAGAACAGGCGCCGGCUGCCACUGGAGGAGCAGCUGCACUACCUGCAGGCGCGUCUGGACGAGGCCAGCUCAGGGAAGCACAGCAUCGGGCAGUCCCGAAGAGCCAAAGCCCUGAGGAAGGAGAUCAGCGUGAUCAAGAGGAAGCUGGCACACCAGCGGGAAGGCGGCUUCGGGCUGGGCGGCCGGGACUCGAUGGGCGGAGGGGACCGGUCCUCUCUCCCCCACCACUCCUCCUCUGGGGGGCAUCUGGACGAGGGCGGAGAGAGCAGCAGCCAGGAGAUUGGAGGGAAGGAUCUGAGCGUCUCCUCCUCCGCCCUGGCGCCGGAGGUGGGCCGCAGGACGUCUGUCCUCUUCUCCAAGAAGAACCAAAAAAUGGCAGGACCUCCCAAAAGACCUGGACGCCCCCCGAAGAACCGGGACGCGGGCUACGGCGGGGCGGGAGUGAGCCAGAGCCCCAUCGGGCCGCCCCAGCUGCCCCUGCUGUCGCCGGGCAGGCAGAGGAAACGGCCCCGCAGCCCCCACACCAGCUCCAGCUCCGACAGCGACAGCGACAACGACGACCUGCUGCCAGGUCUGCCCAGCAACGGUUUCGACACCGGGAGCCAGCCGGUCACCGAGAGCUUCCGCGUGUACAGAAACGAGCCCCGUCUUCCCCGCUCCAGCUCCGACUCCGAGUCCACCACCAGCAGCAGCAGCAGCGCCGCCUCGGACAGGACCAGCACAACUCCCUCCAAGCAGGGCAGAGGAAAAGCCUCGUUCUCCCGCUCCGCCUUCCAGGAGGACAGCAGCGAGGAGACGUCGGGCACCGAGAACGAUUCCUACUCAGUCGGAGGGUCGCGGAGCGUCUCCCAUUUGGUGCGCGGCCGGGACAGGUCAGGGUGCUGGAUGACCUCCGAUGACUACUCCUCCCUGGAGGCUCUGGACCUGGUGUGGGCCAAAUGCCGAGGCUACCCAUCAUACCCUGCUCUGAUAAUCGAUCCAAAGAUGCCCAGGGAGGGGGUCUUCCACCGCGGCGUCCCAAUCCCCGUCCCCCCGCUGGACGUGCUGAAACUGGGGGAGCAGAUGACCCAGGAGGCCAGGGAGCACCUGUUCCUGGUGCUCUUCUUCGACAACAAGAGAACCUGGCAGUGGCUGCCGCGCUCCAAGCUGGUGCCGCUCGGCGUGGACCAGGAGCUGGACAAGGAGAAGAUGCUGGAGGGGAGGAAGUCCAACAUCCGCAAGUCGGUGCAGGUGGCGUACCACCGGGCCAUGCAGCACCGCAGCAAGGUGCAGGGAGACCCCAGCAGCGAAACCAGCGACAGCGACUAAACUCACACACACACACACAUACACAUGCACACACCUUUAAGCGCUGGUCUGUGCGAGCGUUGCGGGGAUCACGUGUGUCUCCGUCGAGCCCAGCCCCACGUCACAAACCACGAGAAAACAGUGCCAGUAAGAAGAGAGUGGUAGAAAGAAAAACAAAGCGAAGCCACUUCCCUGAUCCAAGAUAACCAGGCUCACACACACUAAGCUGUAUUUAAUCCGACAUGUAAAAUAUUGUAUUUAAGAGAAUUGAAAAAAAGGUAUUGAUAAUAAUGAUGGAGAAUUAUGCUAUGUUCGAAAUUAUGAAUUCAAAGUAUUCCUCCUACGUGGUCGAUAUAUGUUUAACGGCAGAUGAGGUGAUGGUUUACAGAGUAAUGUUACACUCAUGUCUGCCUUUCUCUGCGGCGAUCACACGCGUAAUCUCACAUCCAGACGGGAGCGCACGUAAAGGCACACACACACACACACACACACACAUGAAUGGCGUUGCCCCAUUCGUCAUCCACGUCUCCCAAAAGAAGAAAAACAGGCCUGGUGCUAGUGUUUAGUCAGAGGAGCACAAAGAGACUGUCGCAAACCCAAUUUUACUCUAAUUUAUUCUGUCGACUCGUCCCUCACCGAGGUCCACAAACGCGUCUCACCACGGACUACUUCGAAUCACUCCGGCCUGCCGCCAGACGCCGCGGCGAGGUCCACGCCGUCCCGUGGGUCUGUGUUCAUCAUGUCCCUGUUUUUUUUAAAGCUUUUGUUAACACAUGUUGGUGUCACACACGCCGUCGGUCAAACCAAUAAUGAGGACUAAACCGAAACACACGAUUGCCUCACUGUCUGUCUUAGUCUCAGGCUGAUGGCUUUAGAACUUUUAUAUAUACAGAUUGCAUAAAGAUAGAAGUUUAAUAAAAAAGAAAAAAAG